AUGAGCCGGAGCGGCGGAGCCCGGCUGCCCGCGGCCGCGCUCACCGGCCCGGGACGCUUCCGCAUGGCCCGCGAGGAGCCGGCGCCGGCGGCGGUGGCGGCGGCCGGGCAGCCCGGGGGCGACAGGGGCGGCGAACGCGAGCGGGCGCUGCAGGGGCCGGGGGUCGCCCGCAGGGGGCGGCCGUCGCUGAGCCGCGCUAAACUGCACGGGCUGCGGCACAUGUGCGCCGGGCGCACGGCGGCGGGGGGCUCCUUCCAGCGGCGGGCGCUGUGGGUGCUGGCCUUCUGCACGUCCCUCGGCUUGCUGCUGUCCUGGUCCUCGAACCGCCUGCUCUACUGGCUCAGCUUCCCGUCGCACACGCGGGUGCACCGCGAGUGGAGCCGCCAGCUGCCCUUCCCCGCCGUCACCGUGUGCAACAACAACCCCCUGCGCUUCCCGCGCCUCUCCAAGGGGGACCUCUACUACGCCGGCCACUGGCUCGGGCUGCUGCUGCCCAACCGCACCGCACGCCCGCUGGUCAGCGAGCUGCUGCGGGGCGAUGAGCCGCGCCGCCAGUGGUUCCGCAAGCUGGCCGACUUCCGCCUCUUCCUGCCGCCGCGCCACUUCGAGGGCAUCAGCGCCGCCUUCAUGGACCGCCUGGGCCACCAACUCGAGGACAUGCUGCUCUCCUGCAAGUACCGGGGCGAGCUCUGCGGGCCGCACAACUUCUCCUCUGUGUUUACAAAAUAUGGGAAGUGUUACAUGUUUAACUCAGGCGAGGAUGGCAAACCUCUGCUCACCACGGUCAAGGGCGGGACAGGCAACGGGCUGGAGAUCAUGCUGGACAUUCAGCAAGAUGAGUACCUGCCCAUCUGGGGAGAGACAGAGGAAACGACGUUUGAAGCAGGAGUGAAAGUUCAGAUCCACAGUCAGUCUGAGCCGCCUUUCAUCCAAGAGCUGGGCUUUGGGGUGGCUCCAGGGUUCCAGACUUUCGUGGCCACCCAGGAGCAGAGGCUCACAUACCUGCCCCCACCGUGGGGUGAGUGCCGAUCCUCAGAGAUGGGACUCGACUUCUUUCCUGUUUACAGCAUCACCGCCUGUCGGAUCGACUGUGAGACGCGCUACAUCGUGGAGAAUUGCAACUGUCGUAUGGUGCACAUGCCAGGGGAUGCCCCUUUCUGUACUCCUGAGCAGCACAAGGAGUGCGCAGAGCCUGCCCUAGGUCUGCUGGCGGAGAAGGACAGUAAUUACUGUCUCUGCAGGACACCCUGCAACCUGACCCGCUACAACAAAGAGCUGUCCAUGGUGAAGAUCCCCAGCAAGACGUCAGCCAAGUACCUCGAGAAGAAAUUCAACAAAUCAGAAAAAUAUAUCUCAGAGAACAUCCUCGUUCUGGAUAUAUUUUUUGAAGCGCUCAAUUAUGAGACGAUUGAACAGAAGAAGGCAUAUGAAGUUGCUGCCUUACUCGGUGAUAUUGGUGGUCAGAUGGGACUGUUUAUUGGUGCUAGUAUCCUUACAAUACUAGAGCUCUUUGAUUAUAUUUACGAGCUGAUCAAAGAGAAGCUCUUAGACUUGCUUGGUAAAGAAGAGGACGAAGGGAGCCACGACGAGAAUGUGAGCACUUGUGACACGAUGCCAAACCACUCUGAAACCAUCAGCCACACUGUGAAUGUGCCCCUGCAGACGGCCCUGGGGACCUUGGAGGAGAUUGCCUGCUGACAGCCCAUGGACCACCCGGCACCCUCCCAAACAGACCUUGAGGCCCAAGACCCAGGACAGGGGACAGCAGGCUCAGGUGGGAUGGCCCCUGAUGACAGAAGGAAGCAAGAGCCCCCUAUGCACACAUAGCAAACUAUCUGCCAAAACCUCGCUGUGGCCACGUCUGACACGACGCGUCCUCGGGCCCCGCCGUGCGUCCCUCUUAGGAGAAAAGAGUCACACUCUGGAACUGUCCGAGAACCAACCUGCCAUCACAUCUCACUGCCAGAUGUAUAAAGCACCUGCAUGCUGAGACUGCUCGCGGCGCCACCCCCUCGUCCGUCUCUGUUCAUGACUCUCCUCCGUGCGCUUUCCGCCGGCCACUCUGCAGUCCUGCAGUGGGACCAGGCUCCAGCCCCAGAGCCACCCCGUGGCCACGCUGGAAUCGCGACGGCACGGUCAAGAGGAAAAGCUCAGAACUCUCAGCCACGUCCGGUCCCUGUGUAGUUUGUGAAGGUUCUUAACCUGCCCACAAACCCCUUUGCCCGAGCCGGCCUGUGGGCUGACCGGGGCCACCCCCACCCCCGUCCCAGCACCUGGUGGAGGCAGGGCGGCCUGGGCGACUCCAGCGCUCAUCCAGGGGACCUGCGUCAUCCUGCUGUCCUCGUGACCCGGCUUGUACAGUCCAAUUCUGUUUCUCUGGGGGUGGGGGCUUGUUUUGUCUGUCUGUCAGAGAUCUGUUCUGUUUUGUUCCAUUCUCCAGAUUUGGGUUUUGAUGUUCUGAGGUUUGGUUUGAUUUGGUUUCUCCAUUUUCUCUGGCGUUU